AGCUGGAAAGAGUAAAGGCCAGGAAACACAAUACUGGGACGAAAAGCUUUUGUGACGAAUGAAAGUCCCUUUUCAGUCACACAAGAUGUUACUGUUGUAUCUGGGAACGUCUUUGGGAUUCCAGUCACUGUUCAUGACACACCAGGAGUAUAUGAGACUCAGAUGCCAUUCCAACAUAAGAGUAUUUUCCAGAGUUGUGAAGCUGGUCCCUGUGUGUUUCUGCUGGUCAUCAAAGCCGACAGAUUCACUGCAGAAGAGAGAAGAACUGUGGAGAAGAUUGAGAGAUUUUUGGGACCAAACCAUUUAAAUAAAACCUGGAUUCUCUUCACCAGAGGAGACGAACUGGAUAAAGGAAACACCACAAUAAAAGAAUUUGUUGUGAAAAAUGAAGCAUUGAAGACACUUGAGAAGUAUGAUCAGAGAUACCAUGUGUUCAACAACAUGAAGAGAGAAUCAAGUGACCAGGCCAGACUGCUGCUUGCAAAAAUCAUCCAAACAUCAUUUCUGUUAAAUGCAUCAGAAGGAGGGAUGCUCAGACGAAUCACAACGGUCACAACAUUCACUCGUGAUCUUGAUGUCACCAGACGUUCAUCUAGAAGGAUUGUUCUUCUGGGUAAAACUGGUUGUGGCAAGAGUGUAUCUGGAAACACAAUACUGGGACAGAAAGUGUUUAAAUCUGAGAUUGACUUAAAUUCAGUAACCUGUCAAUGUUCAGUGAAUCAUGCCACUGUUUCAGGUAGAUCUGUGACUGUAGUUGAUACUCCUGGAUUCUUUGACACACGAGAUGAGGUGAACACAGAUGAGCAGGUAAAGAAAGAGAUAGCAAGAAGUGUUUAUUUGUCCAGUCCUGGACCGCACGCUUUUCUCAUUGUGUUCAGAGUAACUGACAGAUUCACUAAACAUGAGCAGCAGAUUCCUCAGCAGAUUGAGAUGAUGUUUGGUCAGGAGGUGUUAAAAUACUCCAUCAUUCUCUUCACUUAUGGAGAUCUGCUGAAAGGAAAGUCCAUAGAGAAUCUCAUUAAGGGGAACAGUCGAAUGAGACAUCUAGUUCAAGAGUGUGGAGACAGAUUUCACGUCUUCAACAAUGAAGAUGAGAAUAACAGAGAGCAGGUGAAUGAUCUGCUGCAGAAGAUUGACACAAUGAUAGAGCAGAAUGAUGGAUACUACAGUAAUCAGAUGUUUCAAGAUGCUCAGAGAUUCAGACGAGAGGAAGAAAAGAGAAGACAGAGAGAGGAAGAGUGGAAAAAACAACAAGAGGAGAAUGUAAAAGACAGAAUCCAGAAUAUCAGAGCAGAGUAUGAAGCUCAUCGACUUAAAGCAGAGAGACAGAGAGAGGAAGAAUGGAGAAAACAACAACUAGAGAUUGAAAGAGUCAGAAUCCAAAUGCAGAAAAUGAGAACAGAGUAUGAAGCUGAAGUGGAAAGACUUACAGCAGAGAGACAGAGAGCAGAAGAAUGGAGAAAACAACAGGAGAGCAGAGAACAAAGUAACCCUGAAUUUGAAGAAUUUUAUAGGCAGUAUGAGCGUAGGUUCAGUUUUUCAGCUUUUAUAUCUGGUACGAAACAUACUGGUAUUGGUGCAGUUGUUGGUUGUGUUCUUGGUGCAGCACUUGGAGUUAUUUCUGGGCCUGCUGGUGUAGCUGUUGGUGGAGUUGUUGGUGGAGUUGUUGGUGGAGCUGUUGGUGGAGCUGUUGGUACAAUGUACAGAGUUUUUAAAGAGUAAUGUGGAACAAGUUAUCAUGGCCACUGGUGUAGGAAUCCUAAAAUCACAUUCUGACAAAAACCCUCCACUCUUCAAUCGGGAAAAGGGCCCAGAGGAAUAAGUAAAAGCAUCUUCUUUAAUGAAGGAAUCUUUAGGGAUGUAACCCACCAAUAAAAUGAAAUAGCCAGACUGUCCCCCCAGUAUUUGAUAUUUGUGAUGCUGCACAUUACGCAGUGCUAGCUUUAUAGGAUGACAAAAGUUUUAAAAGUUACAUUUUUAGGCUCGUCUUCUGCAGUGCUCUAACAGUGCUCAUCAAUGUCAAAAUAAGUGAGAUGGCUAGUCAAAUUAAAUUAAGUCAAAAGAAGGGCCUUUACACAAAAGAUGAGCAUGAAUUCUCACAUGACACUUAGUUUUAAUGGUGGAAGAGUGUGUGGUAAGGUGUGAGUAGGUAAACAUUUUACAUUUGACUGUUUUAUAAUAGAAAUGUUUAACGACUGACAGUAAAGCCCAAAGUAUACUUAAUUUUUCUAUGUGUACAUUAGCAUAUGCGUACAGUCGAACACGUAGCCUUUGAAGCAGGGGCAGAAUUAACCAAUAAGUGAAGUAAGUGGCCACUUAGGACCCCGACAUAUUUGGCAAACGCUCCAGUAUUUAUGUUCUGGAGAACACAAAGUGCUGAGUUCUGCAAGCUCGUGAAUCCUUUCAUUAUA